GUUAUUGAUCUUAAGAUAACUGGCCCAUGUUCAUUUUGGGGGCUGAGUAUAUAGGUCGGAGAAAAUGGAAAUCUUAAGAUUGGAACAAUCAAAGAGAAAUAUUAACAGUUUGAACAUGGAUCUUGAAAGGGAUAUGCAGAAAAUAGAUGACGCAAAUCAGGAUCUUUUUCUCAAAAUCCAAGAGAAAGAAGAGGAGAUUCAGAGGUUGGAAAGUGAGCUCACCCAGACAGGAGACCUGGCAGAGGAUGAGGAGUGGGAGAAGGAGCACUGUGCCACCAUUGAAAGGGAAAGAGCCUUGCAGGAGCUAGAAGAAGAAACAGCCAGACUUGAAAGGAAGAAUGAAACACUGGUCCAGAGUAUAACAGAACUUAAAAGAAAGCUUACAAGAAGAAUACAUAAAACAACCAGGUGUGAGCAAGGCAACCUAGACGAAACCCCAGAAGAGCCAAAGGUUAGGUUACAACAGUUGGAAGCAUCAUGUGCAGACCAAGAGAUGGAGCUGGCCAAGGUAAUGGAGGACUAUGCGUUUGUGAUUCAGCUCUGUGAGGAUCAGGCCCUCUGCAUAAAGAAGUACCAAGAAACUUUGAGGAAAAUAGAAGAAGAACUAGAGACCCGGUUCCUUGAGAGAGAAGUAUCAAAAGUCUUGAGCAUGAACACUGCAAGAAAAAAGUAUAACAGUCAAAGUAAUGAGGCAAUUUCUUGGCUUUAUCUUUUCAGGGUUUCUCGAUGUCUCUUUUUUACCAUCCUAUUUUUCGUCAGACUUCUGGGCUACAUGUUUUUCCACAUAAGUUAUAUAAAUCCAGAUCUCCUUAUCAACAUACUGCCCAGGAUAUUGAACAGGGGCAUCUUGUGGAAGCUAAGAAGCUUCCUCUUUCCAUCUCUCACGCUGGAAACAGAGGACAUGUUACCUCACUGAUCCUUAAGAAAUAUCCUGGAACAACAAAAAACGAGUGGUACCCGAGCCUGUGGACUAGGAGACAGUGGAGCAUGCGGAGGGAAGAGGUUUUCUUCAGAAUUUUUCCCUUAAGGUUUACUUACUUGAUUAUCUUCCCUCUCCAUGUUGUCUUUCCAAAUUGACCUUGUCCAGUAAAGACCUCUGUCAAUAGGUUCCUGUGGCUAUAUCUAUAACCCAAACAGUGCCAGACAGUAAACAAAGGAAGCCAUGAGCCUUUCUAGAAUGUCACAGAUGAAACUUAAGGUUGAGAAGUUCU